CCCAUGAGAUCGCUUAGGCUGGGUUCCAACUCCCUCCUCCAUAUAAAAUCACGCAGCACUCUUCGGUGCCUUAAGUACCCCGCAAGGAUCGUCAUCUGGCUUAACCCUGGACGCUGGAAAAGCAUGUAUUAAGAUUUGGUAUAAAAUACGGGCCGUAGCCGCAAAGGGACGACGUCUGAAACCGGUGUUUGCAGUCUACAUCAAGUAUGAUUCUUUUUUGGGUACCUUGUGUGUUCAUAUUGUUAGCCGGCUGGGUCUCAGGGGAAGCGAUUACUGCCACUGGAACAAACUUUACUCUUACUGGAGACAACGUGUCGUACCUAUUUCAAAUCGAUCCAACAACAGGGGAUAUCAUAUCGGACCACUUCGGAGGUCCGGCAGACGAUUUCGUACCACCCGCGUACGUGUUCUCCAACGGAUGGAAUGCCGGGUUAGCUACCAAGCGACGAGAAUUUCCGGACAUCGGGCGUAGCGACUUUAGAUUGCCUGCAAUACACAUCGAGCAUUCGGAUGGAAGCACUGUAUCGGAGUUUACGUAUCAAUCGCACGAGAUCUUUGCCGGAAAGCCGACUCUGCCGGGACUACCCUCAACUUACGGCACAGAGGACGACGUCUCAACCUUACUAGUAAAGCUGUAUGACAACUACUGGGACGUUUCCGCGGUGCUGUCAUAUUCUAUCUUCCCGCAUUACAAUGCUAUCGCAAGAAGUUUUAAAAUCACAAACAAUGGCACGAGAAACAUUACUAUUCAAAGAGCCGCCAGCUUUAGUACGGACUUCCCGAACCUUGAUCUUAACAUGAUCGAAGUACAUGGGGACUGGGCACAUGAGUUCAAUCGCGUCGAACGGACUGUCGAUUAUGGCGAGACAACGUUCCGAAGCACCGAAGGGUUCUCUUCCCACUUGCAUAAUCCCUUCUUUGCUCUUGUUUCUCCCGCCACCACGGAAAGCACUGGAGAAGCUUGGGGCUUCAACCUGGUAUAUACUGGAAGUUUUGCAGCCACCGUCGAGCGAUUUUCACAUGGGUUUGUACGCAUACUACUCGGCCUAAAUCCACUACACACCAACAUAAACGUCGGUCCAGGAGACAUUUUCACUUCCCCCGAAGCGGUUGCAGUCUAUUCGUCUCAAGGUCUGGGAGGCAUGUCAAGGUCAUUUCAUGACCUAUAUCGUAAUCAUCUAUCUCGAUCUGGUUUUACCAACCAGACACGGCCUAUCCUUCUCAACUCAUGGGAGGGAAACGAGUUUGACAUCAAUGAGACAUCCUUAGUAAAAUUGGCCGGCGAAGCCCAAGAGCUCGGCGUGGAGCUUUUCGUCAUGGACGAUGGAUGGUUUGGUGUGGAGUAUCCUAGAAACAACGAUUCUCUUGGCCUUGGAGAUUGGACACCCAAUCCUGCGAAGUUCCCUCACGGUCUCAAGCCAUUCGUUGAGCAAGUCAACAACUAUACCGUCCGCAACACCUCUCGGUCCUUGAAGUUUGGUAUCUGGGUGGAGCCGGAGAUGGUGAACCCGAACUCCACAUUAUACAAGCAACAUCCGGACUGGGUAAUGCAUUCUGGCAGGCACACCAGAACCCUGACACGGAAUCAGCUUGUACUCAAUGUGGGCCUCCCGGAGGUGCAGGAUCAUAUCAUCAGCUCGGUCUCGCGAAUUAUUGAAUCCGCCAACAUUGAAUAUAUCAAAUGGGAUAACAACCGCGGUAUCCACCAACAAGGUCAUCCGUCAGACGACUAUGCGUACAUGUUGGGUCUUUACCGCGUCAUAGACAACCUGACUACCACCUAUCCCCAUGUUCUCUUUGAAGGGUGCGCAUCGGGUGGUGGGCGUUUCGAUGCAGGUCUACUUCAUUAUUGGCCACAGCACUGGACCUCCGACAAUACCGAUGCGUCCGAUCGACUCACCAUACAGCUGGGCACUUCGUUGGUUUAUCCGCCGUCAGCGAUGGGCUGCCAUGUCUCUGCUAUUCCCAACGGGGUCACAAAACGGAACAUCUCAAUGGAAUACCGCUCACAUGUGGCAAUGAUGUGCGGCUCUUUCGGUUUCGAGUUGAAUCCUUCGGAGAUGAGCGAAGAUGAACAGAAAGCAGUACCAGCAAUCAUUGAACAGGCUCAGGCCAUUAACCCACUUGUCCUAUCCGGCUCAUUCCACCGCUUGGCUAUACCCGAUAAAAGCAAUUGGCCGGCAGCACAGUUUGUGUCUAGAACGGGAGAUCAGUCUGUUGUGUUUGCGUUUCAGCAGAAAGCUACGACGAAACCAUCCGUACCCCCGCUGAAGCUACAAGGACUUGACUCUAAAGCGCGGUAUUCAAAUACACUAGAUAACGGGACUUACAGCGGGGCAACUUAUAUGAACGCGGGUUUAAAUAUACGCUUUCCAACUGGAGACUACAAGAGCAAGAUCAUCUGGCUGAACAGGCAGUGAUCAGUGUUGCCGGCCGGCCAUGUCGACUUAUGGAUACAAACGAUCGGAUUCGAGUUGCUCAUGUCUUCAUCUGGCGCCGCAUCUUGUGGGCUCUUUCAACUGUUGUCUGUCACCGUCGGUGUAGCUUCAUCUGGACGGGCAAGGAGCACCCCCCAUGCUUUUUCGUAACGUCAAGUCCUGACACCUCUAGCAACUGCUGCAGUGGAGCUUCCGCCAUUCACUUGCAUCUAAUGCUCAAACAUGUAUUUCUCUGGUGU